ACCAACAUGAAAUUCAUCGUGCUCUUUGCAUGCCUGUUGGCCACAACUCUCGCUGCUGAGGAUACCAUGUUGAGCUCUUCAUACGGUGCUAGCGCUGGCUAUGGUCAACCUGCUGCUGCCCCCGCUGCUCCAGCUUAUAGUGCACCAGCUCCAGUUUCCAUUCCGGCCCCACCCUGCCCGAAGAACUAUCUGUUCAGCUGCCAGCCCAACUUGCAGCCAGUUCCAUGCAGCGCUCCAGCCCCCAGCUAUGGCUCCGCCGGCGCAUACUCCCAAUACGCACCAGUGUACGCUCCGCUCCAACGUCCACUCCGCUGGUAA